AUGGCGAGCGGUGGAGGCGGCGCUCCACCGUCGCCGUCUCCGCCGUUGAACGGCGGAGAAUUCCUACUCCAAUUGCUCCAAAAACCACCGCAAAUACAACCCCAACAACCACAACCACAACCACCAACACCGCCACCGACCCAGACCCUCCCCCAUGAUCCUGCAGUUGCAGUCGUGGGACCGACUUUUGCCUUCCCUCCGUUCCCGUCCAACGGUCACGAUCUACCUUAUCGUUCUCCUCCUCCGCCUCAUACUUGGACUCCCCACCAAUCUCCUCCUCAAUUCGCUCCACACAAUUUCUUCAUGAAUGGGUUUCCCCAAAACCCUAACCCUAGCCCGAGUUGGUCAUCCCCACUAUUACCAGCACCCCCGCCCGAGUUCAAUCACCACAAUCACCAGUACAACUUAUUGGGUGACGAUAUUCGUAAGCUCGGGUUUUUGGGUACAAAUUCCAAACCAAUCUCAGCUCAUCAACAAGAACACAACAUCGUUUUUGGUUCUUUUCAUCGUGAAAUACGAAAAGAUGAAGGCUUUCGAGGCAAAGACGAUGUAUCGAAUGACAAUUUGUAUGGUAAUUUAGCUCAUGGAGGGAAAAUUGAGGGUUUGGCGUCGAAAGAGAGAACAACGGGUUUAGGGAGUAAUAGAAGAUUGGAUGGUGUGGAGGUUGAAUUUCAAAAAUCUCCUGAUUUUAAUCGGAACCCCCCAGGGAGAAAUCAUAAGCAAGGAAGUAGGGGUGGUGGUGGUGAUGGUGGGCGGGGGAAACAAGGCCCUAGUGGGAAUUAUAUAUCACCUGAAGUGAGGAAGCCGCCACCAGGGUUUCCUAGCAAGCCGAGGAGUGCAGGGAAUCGAGAAUCUGGAAAUAGGAGUUUUGAACAUAAUGCGGAUAAGGGUAAGAGUAAGAUUGGUAUGUUGAACCAUAGAGGUAUCGAUACUCUUUCACUUGAUGAGAAUGAGAGGGAGGGAAGAUUUUUGCCCAAUCAUAGUAAAGUGAACGGUGAUGUAUCAGCUGAAAGGAGGCAAAGUGUUCAGCUUGAUUGCUCUGGCCAGUCUGCAGGAAGUAAUCAUCAUUCCGUUUCAGUUGUGAAAGGGUCUCUUCUCGAAUUGCACCAUGAGGUCAAUGAAGAUGAGGAAGAGUCUGGCUAUGGGAUGCAGGAGAAGAUGAGGAGGGGUGGUGGUCGUGGUCAAAGUGAAUUGGAUGAUUUGGACGAAGAGCUAAUGGGUUCUUUAGCACUCGAGAAUGGAUCGGAUGAGAAAAAUGAUAAAAGGCAACAUCAUAGAUCUCGGGAUAAGGAUUAUAGAUCUGAUAAAAGAGGACAAUGGCUACUUAGCCAAAGGAUGAGGAACUUCAAAAGACAGACUGAAUACCGUGCUGACAUACAUAGGCUAAAUGGUCCUUUCCUUGCAAUUUAUGAGUCGUUAAUUCCAGCAGAGGAAGAAAAGACAAAGCAAAAGCAAUUGUUGACAUCAUUGGAGAAACUUGUCAACAAAGAAUGGCCUGGAGCUCGAUUAUAUCUUUAUGGAUCAUGCGCCAACUCAUUUGGGUUCUCAAAAAGUGACAUUGAUGUUUGCCUGACAAUCGAGGAUGCAGAUGUUAACAAGUCUGACAUCUUGUUGAAGUUGGCUGAUGCAUUGCAGUCAGAUAAUCUUCAGAACGUGCAGGCAUGCACUCUUUCUUUCUGUCUUUUCUGCUAUAUUUGUCUUUAG